CUUGUCAAUGUCAUGCCAGUGUCAGUAUACAGUUUUUUUUCUGAAUAGUAAUUAAUCAUCCCUUGAAAUUAUUAAAGAAAUUGCAAUAGCCGGCAAAAAGCCGAUUUAAUAUAUUAAUUUGUAUCCUACUGUAGUAAAAAAUCAAUCAAAAUGCUUAUUAAAGUGAAGACACUUACUGGGAAGGAAAUAGAAAUCGAUAUCGAACCUACAGAUAAAGUAGAAAGAAUUAAAGAAAGGGUAGAAGAGAAAGAAGGCAUACCUCCACAACAACAAAGGUUAAUCUUCUCUGGCAAACAGAUGAAUGAUGAGAAAACAGCCCAAGACUAUAAAGUACAAGGGGGCUCUGUUUUGCAUUUAGUAUUGGCAUUGAGAGGUGGAGAGUUGGCAUGCUUUGUGUGAUCAUUAAGCCAAUCGAGUUUGUAAGAUUUGUAAGGUUUAUCGUCAUUAUGAAUGGUUUUAAGUUAUGCUGUUACACUGUAAUUUAAGUAAAAAUAAAACAAUAUUUUUUUUUCAAAGAAA